UAUAAGGAAGUAGACUAACGCGGAGUAGGCAAGGAACGGACACAAUACAGCCUAGGCCUACUGUACAGAAGGUUUCGAGCAAGAAAACGCUCGAAAUUUGGCAUGGAGAAGACAAUAAAAGAUACUUUAGUGGAACAUCUUGAGAAUUUGGAUAAGAAAGAUUUAAAACGCUUCCGAAAUAAAUUGGUGGAUGAAGGCAAGUUAGGCAAGGCACCAGGUAUCACCAAGCGCUAAAGUCGAGGAUGCCGAAGAUGAAAGUGAUCUCGCGGAUGUGUUGCUGAAAGCUUUUGAAGACGACGCCGUCAACAAAACAGAAGAUAUUAUGCGGUUCAUCGGGAGUAACGACACAGCUACCAAACUGCGAGCAGAGUACUCUAAAAGUAUUGUAGAUCAACUCAGCAGUUCCAUCGAAGUAUACAACAUGAACAGUAAACCCCGUGGAACAUGUGUGAUCUUUAACAACGUCAACUUUACUGAUGGUAAAAAACGCUCAGGAUCUGAUCAGGAUGCAGAUGCUCUUGAAAACACAUUUAAAUGGCUGGGGUUUGAGGUUAAGGUCCUGCGAGACAGGGGAGUGCAAGACAUGAAAGACAAACUUGAAGAACUCAGCAAGAAGGUGACUGAUGCUGACUGCUGCUUCAUAUGUUGUGUGCUUAGCCACGGCAACGCGACAGGUGUGCAAGGAUGUGACAAUGCUGUCCUGCCCAUCUGUGAUAUACUCUCUCCAUUCAGUGGGAUCAGAUGCCCAGCUUUGGCAGGGAAGCCCAAAGUGUUUUUCAUCCAGGCAUGUCGAGGUUCUGAGAUGCAGAAGAAGGUGAAUAUCCAGGCAGAUUCUUUGGGUGAAAAAGAGGUGGAAUUUGAAUCUGACUUUAGCCUGGAUAGCAUCAUCAGCAUCCCUGAAUUUGCGGAUUUCCUCAUCUCCAUGUCCACCUUCGAAGGUUGUUUUGCCCUCAGAAAUCCUGAACGUGGCUCCUGGUUCAUCCAGUCUCUCUGUGACCAUCUGACUAAGUUAUGCCCACAGGGUGAAGAUAUCUUGUCAAUCCUUACUAAAGUCAACAGUGAUGUUGGUGCUAUGGGGACAAUGCGUGCUAAGCAAAUCCCUGAGCCAAGGUUCACCCUAAGGAAGAAGCUCAUCUUCCAUGUGCCUGAAUGAGAUAUGAGAUGAGAUUCCACAUGCAUUGCUACACAAAUGGAUAUAUUUGUUAUUUUUUUAAUCAUGCAAAAUCUACAUUUUAGUAAUUAUUACAUUUUAAAACAUUGUACAUUUAUAUUUUCAAGUCAAUUUUAAAACUAUUUUGUAUACUUUAAGUAAACAUGAUUACCACCAUAAGUGCUCAUCUUUAGCAGUGACCUGUAGAACAUUGUUGUAUGCUGACUACAUACCUUUACUAUGAUCACUUCUUCAGAUAAAAGUAUUUGUACCACAA